GUAAAUCAGACUUGAACAGUCUUGGAUUAAAGGUUAGUUCACUGCAAAAUUCUUUCUGGUGUAUCAAAAAGAAACUGUCUGUCAAAAUGCUGCCCAGCUACGAACGAUUUCUUUUAGACAAGCAAAUGGUUAUAUUUGAUAUCGGUAGCGCAUAUACAAAAUUUGGUUACACUGGCGAAGCUACACCACGCGGUAUAAUAAAGACGGAAAUUAAGUGUCCAGAAACUAAACAGCUCAGAAAAGUUUACGAUUAUAUAGACACAAAAGAUCUGUAUCAAUUACUUGUUGAGUUUUUUCAUCUUUUAUUUUCUAGACACGUUGUAAUAUGUCCAAAGGAUGCUAGAGUUGUUGUCUUGGAAUCGUUAUUAUCUCCAACACAGUUUAGAGAAACAUUAGCUAAAGUAUUGUUCAGGCACUUUGAAAUUGAAUGCUUGCUGUUACUGCCUACUCAUUUAGCCACUAUGAGCACUUUAGGCAUUAAUUCAGGUCUAGUUCUAGAUGUUGGAUAUAAAGAAGCUACAGUGAUUCCAAUUUUUGAAAGUGAACAAAUUUUAAAGGCUUGGCAAGCUCUUCCUUUAGGUGGACAAAUUGUACACGAAUAUUUGAUAAAAUUUAUGAAGGAGAUAUAUCCUGACAUGGAUAUAGAUGAAAAACUUGUGGAGGAUAUAAAAGUAAGGACUUGCUUUGUUACUACAUUGGAGAGAUCUGCUAAAUUAGGUACACCAGAAGCUCCUAAUCCUCCUCCAGCAGUUAAAUACCCUGGAGGUAAAAGUAUUACUAUACCUGGUGAACUUAGAGAGAAAGCAUUUGAAGUAUUAUUUGAAAGGGAUAAUGAUAAUCUUAGUAUACCUACAAUGAUUUUGGAUGCUAUUCUGCAGUGUCCAAUAGAUGUUAGACGAAUUAUGGCACAAAAUAUAUUAUUAAUUGGUGGUACAGUAAUGACAAAAGGCUUUGCAAGUCGUCUUAAGUCCGAACUGUUAACUCUUGUAAAGAGCAAUCUUUAUUCUGAGAAAUUAAAAAUUCAAACAUUUAUGUUCCACACUGCACCCAGUAAACCAAGUUAUACGGCAUGGUUGGGAGGUGCUAUCUUCGGAACUGCAGAUUUACGAUCGAGAGUUCUGACAAAGGAGAAUUAUUUGAAAUCUAAUAGAGUCCCUGAUUGGGUCAGCUUUAUAGACAAUCCUAAAUACAACAACCAAAUUGUAAUACCUAAGACAAGGGCUACUUCAUUUCUUAUUUUUAAGAAUAUCAUUACAAUUAAUACUGAAUAA